AUGGAGGCAAUCAACAUCAAUUGGCACGAGACCUUCUCCUUUUUCAUCUCUGAUAUCGAGUAUUAUCACCAGGUUAGCACGGAGCGUCUCGGUGUCAUUGUCCAGAGCGUUCUCAAGCACCACGAACCCUCUGAGGUGACCGACUCUCCUCCCUUGCCAUGGUGCUCGUUGCUCCGGGACCUCAUGAAGGUUUUGCGAUGCCAGCUAGGAUGCAAUAUCUUACCUGACAACGAUACCAAUUACCCAUGGCUCGACAUGCCAUACAUCCAGCAAAGCAAGCCAUACGUUGACUGGCUCCUCCUCGAAGUCGAAACAACGGACUCUCCUGAGGAGAUAAUCGAUGACCUCGUAUCUUUCCUGGGAACGAAGGCGUACGGCCCAAUCGAGUCGCGCCCGACCUGGACAAUCAAGCCGUGCCAAGCAUGGUGCUCCAACCCGUUCCUGGUCGAUUUCCAGAACGCCUACGGGAUGCAGCCCUGGAGUGUUCCCAUUCCCUUUGUCAAAUCGGGCGAUGGUCCGGAAGGAAAUAUUCAUGUUGCUGGCAUGUCGCAAGAAACUAAGCAGGCAACACACUUUGCGCAGACCUUCCCCCACCGCCAAGUCGCCUGGUCCAGCGUCAGAUUUAUGGUGACGCCUGAGCACGUCGCGCUCACUUUCGACCACGGGGAGCCUUCCUUGAGCCGUGAAGGUAUCAACGGAUUGAAGUGUCUGUACACCGCUCUGCUUCGCUGGAUGAAAAGCCGGUUGCGAGACAAGAGCGAGCCGCUGUCGAAAUUCGUGACGGCAGCCCUCAAGCAGUGGAUAUUCGAGAAAAACGAUACCAUGAACACCAACAACAAACUCUGGUUUGAGUUGAGGACUUUUCAGGACUCUUGCAACUCUUGCAGCAUCUUUUAA